AUGAUGAGUAGCUUUUGGCUUCGAGAAGCGUCAAUAUGUUUAGUACUAUCAACUCUUACUGGCGCUUUAUGGAUCCUUCCAUUCGUCAAAGGUGAAACAUGCGAUUCCAAACUCAAGAGUAAGUAGUGUUAACUUCUUUUAAACGUCCUAGUUAAAGAGCAUGUUUAUGCCAAUUUUUCCUUGUGUGCACAUUAAAUGAAUGUGUGUAUGUACAGAAACUGUAAAAUGGCUACCAAACAAACAGCUCUUAGGCAGAGGAUCUAGAGAAUGUAGGUAUCUUCAUCAAAAUGUUUAGCAUGUGUAGAUAAGAAAGGACGUAGGUAAACUCUUGACUAAUCCAGCGUUUAAAUGCACGCGCGACGUUUCGGCCUUUUUCAGGUGGAACAUAAAAGUUAAAAAUUAACAUUUAAAGGCUGCAUUAUAACUCUUGAUCGGAAAAGAGUUUGUAAAUUACACUUAUUAAAUUUAUAAGAUAGAUUUAUUAAUAAUCUCUCUCAUCGUCGGAUAGGCUGUAAAGAGAUUGCAUAUUAUUGAUUUUUUUAAAUUAUCGUUUAAUUUCUCCAACCCAGUCAGACCCGUUGUGGACAUAUCUUCAAGUCCAGAAAACAACAGAUUACCCUUUGGUGCCUCCGUUACCCUGGCUUGUACAGCGGAGCCCAGAACACUGGAUAAAGGAUAUCACGAUAGAUGGGUCAAUUAUAUCGAGUGGUACGAUCCACAGAAUAAGGAAACUGGAGCUAAGUGCCGGCAGCCUUCAAACAUACAUGCACACAAACGUAAAUUAAGCUGUCCAUUAGUGCUUAAAAAUCUGACAGUUGAUAAAUUUGGCCGCUACACCUGCCAAGCUGGUAAUGGUUACAGAAACCACUGCACGAGGAAAUCAUUUGAAAUAGUGAUUCAAGGUAAGCAAACCAGGCUUAUAAUACCCUUAAUAAACAAUUAGUCCACCCGCGCUUGUUGGAUAUGCGAUGAUAGUGGAAUAGUUGUUGAAUCAAAAACGCCCUUGGACAUUUAUACAUUAAUCUUGCCAACUUUAUUUUGUAAGAACAAAGGAUUGUUACAAUGUACAAGAAUGCUUCCGGUGUAGCUCGUCUCCGUGCGCGCACACAGUAUAAUGACCCAUAACCUAUAAUGGCUAAGUCAUGAAAACUUUUGAACUGCAUUAUCCAAAGAUCCAGUUUUUGAUAAUGCGAAGAUGUAUGUCGAAGAUGUUUCAUUCAGGAAUAAGGAGUCUCAAAUAAUCAGCCCCUCCUGGAAUCAGAAACUCCUGGAAUGUAUGAACAGGAAAGUCCAAUACAUAAUUUAUUGCAAAAGGAAAAUUCCGUUGUGUGGCCAUUGGCUGACAAGACUCGAAACGUAGUAAACAAAGAACGAAAUUCUUCACUCAGAUAACGAUUAAAUUUGAAUCAGGAGCAAUUCGAUCGACCUGUCCUAAUGCAUAUCUUAUUACUUGAUACAGCCGAACCCGUAUUAAGCGGCCACUCACUAGGAACGGUGGUGUGACCGCUUAAUGUAGAUUGACCUCUUAAUACAGUUUCCACCGAUAGGGGGUAUUAUAGCAAAAAAAAAAAAAAAAAAAAACAAGCGAAAAACCAAAAUCAUAACAUACACAACGCCACUAACGCCACUGUUAUAAUUGACCACUUUAUGUACAGAAUCUCGCUGAAAAACACUGUUUACUUCGAUUUUGGGAGAGAGACAUGGAUGAAAAGUUAUUUGAAGGAUUAUUCUUAAUUUUAUUCGGGUGGUUCGGCUAUAAGUGGCCAUUAAAAACGGGUGGAAGGAAAUACAAAGAGGCCGUUGGGACUUAGUAAAGGUCGACUGCGACCGCUAAGUAGAGGCAACUGCUUGAUACAGGUAAAAAUUACAGUGAUUACAGGGAAACAAAUUGGUACUUUGGCAACUAACAAACACUAAUGCAACCGACUGCUUCACACAGGGGUGGUCGCUGAAUACGGUGCCGGCGAUACUGAAGCAAUAUAUAUCUAUUUAUAUGAAUUAUGUAUUUGGGUUGAAACGAGUGUAUGGGAAUAGGUGAAAGAAAACAAUGAAGUCCUGUACUUUUUAGGGGAAGUUUUGUGCAAAAUCGCCAAAUGUGUAACUCACGUUAUCAUUUUCCUUUGUGUAACUGCCUGACUUUGUAAAUUUAGAUACAAUAAGUUAAUGAUUCCAAAUAUUCUUCGGAAGAUGAGAAAAGAAUUAUUUUGUGAAUCAAAAAAAAGGUAAUGGUAAUUAUUAGAAUGAAAAAAGGAAGACGCUCAUACUCAAGGAGGGUUGGCCUGAAAUAGUUCUUUCUUAGUACCUGCAUAUGCAAUUUAUCUUCUUGUGUGACACAAAAGUGUGAUAAUGAAAAUAUCUUCUUCUUCUGCCGACAUUUGCUUAUUGAAUAAGCUUCCUACCAGAUUAUAUCAGUAAUAACAGGGGAUAUUUAUUGCAAUGUACGUUUUCCCUCCAGGUUCUGCGCCAGAGUUAGUUGGAGUUCCUCGGAACCAAAGCACUGAUAUAGGAGCCAAUGUAACUUUCAAAUGCACCGCCACAGGUCUUCCUAAACCAAACAUCUCAUGGAUCAAAAACAAUGAUUCAUUUGCCUUACAAUUCAACCCAAGGGUUACAUUCAUUAACAAUCCACAUUCAUUAACAAACCACAAAACCAUGCACAGCCAGUUGUUUAUUACAAGAGUGAAGAAAGAAGAUUUUGGCAAAUAUCAAUGUGAGGCCAAAAACAGUGGUGGUAAAAAUUUGUCGUUGCCAGCUUUCUUAACCCCGAAAGGUACAGGUUAGUCAUUAAUAUGCAUUAUUGUUUGUUUUCCUUAUCAUUUCAAAGUUGAAACUCCACGAAGUCUUCUAUUUGCAUGUCAACUCAGUCUCCCGAUGAAACUCCCCCAUCACCAAGAAAGCGAGAUAUUUCCGUAGAUUGUAAAAACUCUCUGUGUCACCAGAGUAUCGAGAGCUAGAAAAUAAGCAGUGUUAUCUGUAAAAUGCAAAAUUUAAAAUUUUUCAUUUCAGUUUCACCCGGUCACUGUACCUCCUCAGUCCUCUUAUCACCAAGACUCCCCUUUAAGUUUAGUUCUCUUCAAACCGGGUCUUUCAAGCGGCAAAAAAGCCUUGGGCCCCGACAUCCCAUAGAAAGAUUACCAAUGAGACAAUUCAUAACGUCCCAUUCAUUCAUAUCAAUUCUUUCUGUGUCAAUUUGCAGAUGCCCAGAAACCUACGAUCGUUGAAGGUCCAAAGAACCAAAGUGUCCUGAUUGGUUCCAAUGCUACCUUAAGCUGCACUGCUAGGGGUCUCCCAAGGCCAACAAUUUACUGGGUAAAGGACAAUGCCACAUACCCUUCACAGUCUGACCCCAGAGCACGUGUCAUUCCUGACGGGCGAACCAAUCGCAGCCACCUUUUCAUAAUGAGAGUAGAGAUGGAAGACUAUGGAAAAUAUCAAUGCAUUGCAAAUAAUAGCAUUGGAAGAAGCCAAUCAGGAGUGGCUGUCUUGAACAUAGGUUAGAUAUAUAUUUUUUUAAAUAGAAGGGAAAAAAAGCAGGGGAAGAGGGGUCCUUCUUAACUACAAGCGCUGUUGCUAAACACAACCUGUUUGUUGCUGCAUUUUUUUUUAUUAUUUACCCACAGCAACUCCUACUCCCGCCUCCAUGAACGGAAAGCCAGAAAAUUCAGCAUCUCAGACAACUGUAGUUGCUACAUCAUGCACUUUGGUAGCUGCAGUUAUUUGUGUAGUCACUUGGUUUUUGUGGAAUCGGCGUAAAAACCGUGAUAAAGAGGUACAUAAUGCGUUACGUGACAUCUCCACAGAGGGUGAUGAUCUCCUAUGAGCGCGAUGGAAAGGAAAAGAGUCGGUAAUAAUGAUAAUAAUAAUGAUAAUAAUAAUAAUAAUAAUAAUAAUAAUAACAAUAACAAUAACAAUAGUAAGCCUUAAAAUUUGGGAAGUUUUUUUGCAAUUCUGCAUCUUACUCCCUUAUCGUCACCUUUACAAGAAGGAAGAAUAUAGGAGUGAGUGCAGCAGCCACCACGUACUCACUCCUCUUAUUUGUGGGGAAGAUCCUGGCCAGAAUUAUCUUGAAGGGAUUCAGGACAAGCACAGAGGAAAGAAAGCCAUUGUGCAUGGUUUUAGGUCUGGUAGCAUCACAACCGACAAGAUUUUCGGAAAUUACAGGGGAAGGCAAAUCGAGCAAAAUCAACUCUUCUCAACACUCCUUUAACACUCCUUUUUUCAUACUUCACCUCAUUAACUUCUUGGAGGACUAGCUGCGUUACAUACAGUUUCGCAAGACCAGACAACAGUAUUUUCGGUGGUAACAAUAAUCCCAAGUAUUAGAAAAGUUUAGUAAAUGUCCAUCAACUUACGACAGCCAAUCGUGCUGGGCUGCGUGUAACUUUUCUUGCAUACUAAGUAACUUCCUUCGAUUUUUUUACCAUUUACAGAAACGACUUUCAAUUUUCUUACUGUCUUACCUUAGUUCCAGAAUAACGAAAAAAAUAUUAGCAAAAUAAAAAUUGUAAAGAACGGUCUAACGACAUCAAAAUAUAAAAUCCUAUGAGAACAGCAGAGAAAAUUGCCUUUAAAGGUUGUUGCAUAAAAGUAGGGCAAACAGAAAAAUUGGAGAAGAAAGAGCUUACCUAAGGUGCCGCCUUUCCCAUAAAUUAAAACAGCAACUUAGUAUAAAUUUAGUGCAGAAGUUGUAAAGUAGAAGUUGUUUACAAACUCGGCCACCUAUAACCGAAUCGCUGAAUACAAGUUCCUUGGAGGUGUCAGUCAAGGUAUAUAAAGAAAUGUAGAAACGCGGCCUUCUCCAAUCAUAAAUUCCAUAUAAAAGAAACCUAGCAGAAUUAAACCAAAACAAGAGAACCCUUUGCGAAAAUAUUUCCAAAAACUUGACGGAGACAAUUUUGCGAUCCGUUUUGCGAUUAAUUCACAUUAAGAGAAGAUGCGAACUAAUCUAGGCUUUAAACAGCUGAAAAUAAGUGUUCAAUAAAGUUAAAGAGUAUUUUCUCUUAAUAAAUGGCCAUUAGUGAAUGGUUUUUUUGUGUAAGUCCUCUGAGUGAGGCGAUUCUAUAGAAAAAUUCACUGCCUGACGAGUGAUUUCCACGUUAAAUUUCACUUGAAAAACCGAUAUCGUACUCAUGGCUUCACGAUUCGGGCAAUAUCACUUCAUGCACAAGUGCAAUUCCAUGGUAAAUACCCUUUCUUCGAUAGCCAAUCAGACCGCGAGUUUACCCUUAGCUAUGCGAUUCUAUAGGAAAAUUCAUUACCUGACGAGAGAAUUCCACGUUAAAUUGUACGCGAAAACCGAUAUAGCACAAAUCACGAAGCGAUGAGUGCGAUACCGGUUUUCAAGUGCAAUUUAACGCGGAAUUAACGGGCCAGGAAAUGGAUUUCCUUGAAUCGCAUAACUGAAAAAAAAUAAGAAAAAAAAAAAGAGAACAGUAAUAAUAUUGUUUGUUUUUAUCCUGAGCGCGCGCCCCAGAAAGCCAUUUCAAAGUCAACUGUCAAAUCUGUCAUUGACUUAGCGAAUGAGAAACAAGGUCAAUCGUACACAUUUGAAUUUUCGACAACUUUAUUUGUACCUUGCGCUUGUUUUAAGAUUUGUUUUCAAACUUUUAAACAAUCUUCACACUAUCUUAAGGAUAAUAGUGGUAUUUCACUGAAUUUACAAGCCGUUUAUCUUUAACAUCUUUUUUCAAAUUUCCAAAGAAGGAAUAUAAUUUACUCCUUUUACCUAUUUGGUGGCAAAACUGAAAGAAAUGAAGUGUCCAAGCGAAAGCUCUGAAAGUUUAACAUCGCGAUUAAAGGUAUUUAUUUCUUCUUCUAUAUAUAUGACAAUCGACCCUGUCACUUCUUCCGUUGUCGCCUCUUCGUCUUGUUUGGUUGAGCUUUUGCUUGCCAUUUUAUGGGCCGCGUUCACAGGAUUUUCUCGCUUUCUCGUUUUCGCGAGCGAAAGAGGUUUUUUAUGCCUCUCCAAGAAUUUGUAGUUCAUUUCAAAACAGGGAAGAACCUCUGGCUCACUUUGAAAAACGCUUUUGUUUGUUUUUGGCUCUUCAAAAGGUGAAAAUGGUUUUGAAAACACUUUAAAUGACAUUGUAGAAAACUUUGUUACAAUUUGAGGAUAGUUGCUAUGUUUACAUAGAUGCGAAGCAAUAUCACCUAGCCUAAAUACUUCGCUUCGUUGACCAAUCAGAAUGCGAGAUUUUAUUCAAUUAUGCGAUUCUACCUUAAAUAAAUAUCUACUGUCUUUAAAUUCCCAUCACUUGAAGACACAAAUUUUAAAAGGACACUACUUUUACUUUUGUCAAUUUUAUCGUUGAACUGAAGUAAUGCUCCAUCAUCUGCACACAUAUUGCGUGUAUUCAGAUGAUCAGAUGACAACUGUAUUAUGGCCGUCUUGGUUGUAAUGGGAAUUCACGAAAGUCCCCUAUCACUGAAAAAAGGUUUUUGUAUUCUUUUCUAUUUAAUUCUCUGUUUUUUCUUGGCUUUAAAGAAAUGCAUGAAGUACUGACUUCAAACCAGACAAAGGCUCAAUUUCUGAAUGUUAGAGGACUUGUCUAUCUUGAAUGCGAUACAAGGAGGAACCGGUGGGGUUUGAAUUAGAUGGCAUUUUGUUAUAUAUAUAUAUAUAUCUUUAUUAUAGUCUAUCCUUGCGGUAUACUGCUCUGCUCGAUGCGUUCGCAGAGCGUGGUAUAUCUGAAAGUUGGACAAAUCAAAUAAUCAAAUCAAUAUAUAUAUGUAUAUCUAAUAAAAUAUUGGAAGAAAUAGAGCUGGUCCCAGUUGUUUACGAUUAUCCUACGCGCCAAGAGCGUUUCCCCGUACGCACACAAGUAUAUGUUUUUUUUUUUUUUUCUAACUCGAGUGUAUCGGAUACUGUUUUACAUAUUGGAUGAUAAUGACGCUCUACAACUACUUGCCCAACUUUUGGCUCAUCAGGAACUUUUCGCUCCAACUUUCAGUUUCGUCAUACAACAUAUGCUGAGUCGUAUUCUACAUAUAAAAAAAAUGUCGUUUCGUAUGACAGUUUAUUUUUGAUCAAGUAAAGUGUAGAUAACUUUCCAUCUGACCUCGUGUUGUACGACAGCUUGUGAUUAAUUCCACUAACAUCCUUUAUGUGGUAUAUCAACAAGACAUGCAGUAAAACCAUAAGGUAAGUUUAUUUCUUUUCUCUAACAAUUUCUUUUUCAAAUGAUAAUUUCUUUUGCAAUUUUCAGCCAAGUAAAAUAAUUUUUGAAUAAAGAAAUGGAAAUAUAUAAAAUAUCUAUUUCGAUCGUGGUAUUGUAAACAGCGAAGACGAAGACCUAUAUGCCAAAAAGUUAUUUUUCAAAAGGGUUUUCGGAACAAUUUAUAGUUAAACAAACUUGUUUGAUACAAUAUGUUUUAUUAUUAUCACACAGCACAAAGUAGAGUACAAAUAACGCGUGAAAAGAGCACAAAUAUCCUGCAAUAUUUUGACGAGCACGUAAGGCUAGUCAAAAUACGGCACAACUCGUAAAAAUACUCAGAGACACCACACACCAAAACGUCUUAUAAGAUAUAUUCAUCAGGCAUGAUUUAUAUUUGCCCAAUUGUUUUGAGACAACUGAUGAGAUCGUAGCUCGUAUACUUUUUGGUGGAAAGUAUUAGUGGCCAUUUUUGUCUUCAAUUUAUUAUUUUGACGUCUUGAAUUUUUGCUAACGUUUAUUAAUAAUUGUUCCCUUAAUUAACAAUGAUUAGAGAUUUAUACAGAGCUAACUUUAAUUUGAGGCAAUCUUCGUACUUUGUACCUUUAUUAAUCGCUCAUGGGAAACAUUUUUAUGAAAUAUUAAGUUGCUCCAUUGGUAGACAGGAAGAUUGAUCUCAUUGUUUGUUAUGGGGGAGUCUACCAGCUGUGUGAUUGUCUUUUAAUUGAAAAGAACUUUGUAAACACGCCAACCGUAAAUUAAAUUAAUGACAAUAGUAUUGUAAUACAUGUAUCGUAAUGUAGUGUAUGCAUAAUUUAGUGUAAGUAUAAGUAUCAGUAGUGUAAGUAGCAAGUACAAUGUAAGUGUAAUUAAUACUGUAAGUAGUGUAAAUGAUCGUCUUGUAAAUAAAAUUGUUUAAAAAAAAAAAAGAAAAAAAAAAAAAAAAAGCUCUGUGAAUUUGAGUUGAAAUAUGAUGUAGCUUUUCUGUUCUCCGCCAGAUUAUCAUUAGGGUGCAUUUGCUCGCUUGCAUUGGGAUGAAUGUUUUAGUCUAGUGACUAAUAAUUAACGUUACAGGUAAAGACUAGGAUCCUGUUCACAUACGUUUGUCGCGGGUAGGAAACAAAUGGACACAUUGUUGCUUACGUUUUGACAUAUCUUAUUUUAGUACUGACUAUAGGGGAGGUCUGUCAUGUUCACCCCUGAUUUCGAAAUGUCAUUUUUAAUCGCCAUCUAUAGGAAAAAAUAGAAUGGAUCAAAGGGCUCUUGGAGUUAGCUCAUUCGUGUUAUGGCUUAAGUUUGUAUUGAUAUCUUGGACUUAUGGAAUAUAGGUACAAUUGAAUUCAGUUUAUGUGAACUUUCAAGACAGCAAAUUAUUAGUUACCAUCAUCUUUCACGAUCAUUUGCACUAUUGUGAAAUAGUCAUAGACAUCUUUUGUUUUAAACAAAGCGGCCAGUGCAUUUGGUUUGUAAUGCCUCCUGGUUGUACACAAAGCGGUCACAACCGUUUUUCAUCGAAUUCAAGCCUUCAUAUGGUUUGAUUUUCACAUAUUAAGAGUAAAUGCCUAUAAGAAUUCAGCAACCAACGGCCAGAGUGGAAAUUUUUUUUCACUGAUAUUUUGCUCAUGGAUAGGUAUUAGUACGUAACUAAACGUGAUGUGGUUUGUUUUCAGAGAGGCCGCUUCAAUUUGGAGAAAAUCGAAAAAAUCUAUUUUUACUGUCGGCGACUUCAGAAGAGCCAAAAUUUAAGGCGAAAUGGGUCGUUCUCAAAAUUUCGUUUGCAUGCUAAAGGAAGGAAGAGAGAUAGAAUGUUUUCCGAUGCGUCAGUUCAUAGAGGGUUUUACUUCUAGUUUGGUGGUAAAUAUUCAACUUAGCAGUAAUAUGAACAGCGAACAAUAAUAUUUUAGAACUGCUUUAUUCUUAACCGAAAGAAAUUUAUAUUUUAGCUGAAAGUCGCGAUUAAAAUUUUAGGCAUGUGCUACACCUUGGUUUACCCUGAGACUCAAGUCAUAAGGUCUUUAAACAUUGUACUAAAACGUACGUAAAAACUGGCUUGGGUAAUUUAGUUUGCCCUUCACACGAACUCUCCAAAGUUGAACAAAAUUUGGUUGAAAUGUGAGACCUAAGUAGCGGUUUGUUGGUGUUUACGACUGCUUGCCGCUACUGCCGAAAACUUAACUCGCAUGAGCUUAACAGAUUUGCGUUAAAAAAAACCAUACUGUCUUGCCCUUUUCUAGUUGACUUAAAAUUUGUCGCGGGCAAUUUGCUUCCUGGUUAUCCUUGUUUCUUCUUCCCAAAAUUAUGCUCAACGAACUCGAAGCAGCAAACCUAACUUCACCCAGGAACUUCAGCAGUCGAGCAUUUAAUCGGAAAUUUUAGACUCGACUAAUCCUUUCUUUUCGAUCCAAUUUUACAUCUUGUACACUUUCAAAGUUUAAGCUUUCAUAAAGUUCAAAAUAAUUUACAGAUAAACGCUCCAGUCGUCAAGGGCACGUUUGUCUUCAAUUAUGUUGUAGCGUUGCUGUAGAUUUGCGUGACAGAACAAAAUUAUUCCCACCGGGAAUAGAAAAACAACGACGCAAGAAGGGACCUGUUUCCGUUGUUUUCGAUUUCACUUAAAGUGAACAUUUUGUAAUUCUCUUGCAUCCUUUUCUUCAAAUUUCGACUGUCCAUCAAGCCGUAAAUAACUGUUUUUUGUUUAUUUUGUUUUGUUUUUAAACAGUGUUCUAGUCUGCGACUGUAGACAUGUUCGUAAUACCAUUUUUCUUGAAUUAAAAAGGAAAACAAAACUGGGGUCUUACAAAAUUAAAAACUUUUCACCAAAUUAAAAACAACGAUUGAAAACAAUCUCUUGAGUUGAUUUUUCUAUCAGAUUUUUGCCGUAACUUGAAACUUUCUGGCCCGUCAGAAAUUCAGAACUUGUAAAAAGGCGGUUUCCACUGCUGUCCCUAGCAGUCAUCAUGGACUUGGCUACAGACGCUGCAUCCGCUUUCUGGCCAGUCGUCUCUCCAAUACGGAAGUUACUUUUCAAGUAAUCUUUUUGCUUUUCUGUAAAUCUUGUUCGUCGAACAUGACUAGACUUCAGGGCCCAUCCCAUUGGUAAACACGGGUGAUUUGUGAGGCUUAGAGGCUUUCUAGCUUGUAUCUGUGGUAUACCACAGAACUGUUCCUGUAGUCUGUCUGCGUAGGCGAGCACUGCUCUGUCAAGAAAUGUCUCAUUCUCUAAAGCGCGUUCGUAUUUUCCAAGAUCCAGAUGGUGCUGUAAGGAGGAAAAUCUUUGAUACGUUUUCACACAUCCUUCCUCCGGACAGGAAAUAAGAGGAACAGUCGAGGUGUCACCCAUGAAUGAAGUGUGCAUUUGGCAUUCUCUCUCCAUCACAUUUCACAGGAUCUGGAACCUGCACCACCUGCGGAGUAUUAAGCUCUGAAAGUCAUAUGCGUUUACCAGGUCUUAUUCCAUACGCCUUCCAAACCCUCAGGCUUCCGUCGUUGUAUUCAAUAUUAGAAAUCAAACUCACACCUGCCAUCUUCAUAUUCAGAGAGGGUUUUUAGCUUUGCGAGGAGCUGCUUAAUGUAACAUCGACUCCAGGAAGACCCCUUGAUGACUGAAUAGCGUCUACCAUUCCUUGUAAGUCUCCAUGUUAGACCUUUGGCUAAGGUGGACUCUCAUGUGCGAUUUAAGUGACGCAGCCUUUCUGUCACAAGGCCCUUUACCACCCUGUGGGUCCGAGAAGUCCAGGCGUUUCACGGAAACCCCAUGACAGCGACUUGCAAAGCUGGCUCCCAUUAUAGUAGCUCCACAAUGGUAGCAGCCAGCAUUGUCUUGCCUAAAAAAGACAGAUUUCAGUUGAGGCAAGUGUGACUUCAGCUCUCCAAUGAAAUUUUUCAUAAUUGACAGCACCGCGCAGCUGUCUUGGUUACAGGUUUGGAAAGCGUGUACAAAUGUCAUCAUCUGCAAAUCUUUGUUUUGUGCCCGACGAGUAACUACAGUAUUGUGCCAGGACAUGCCUCUCUUGCGAACCAAUCACUUUGGCUUUCCCUGAACUUUCUUGGUAGAAACUUCAUGGCCCAGUCCUGUACAAGAAGCACUGAACUUUCAUCGAGAGCAUUAAUCACCUCUAGUGGAGCUUCAUCCUGAUUAACACAUCGGAGUAGGUGUGCUUUCCAUGCCAAGAUGUUUUGCUUAGCUUGACCUUCCAUAAAGGCCAACUCUUCUCAAGAGCGUCGUGUACAUCAUUCAAAACAGACGCGAGCAACUCACAACGAUCGCAGGUUUCUAGAUGAUCACGUGGACAGGUCAUCUGAUAAUCCUUUUCCUUUGGAUCACUCAGGGCGUAUGCUCUGCAAUGGUCUGGAAUGCUGGAUUGCUUCGAAACUUGCACCUGCACAGAUAAUAUCAGGUAGCCAUAAAUAAUCACCUUUUAUUUGCCUAAGUCAACACAUGAAAUAAAAUAUGCUUCACUAGCGAGGAAAAAUGUAAUUUUAUAGCCGUCUUUAAAAAAAAAUUCGAACGUUCUAACCACGUGACCAGUAUCAUAACAACCUGAAGGUCGUAUAGAGUGUAUCUUCAUAAAAACAUUGACCAACACGUUACGUAAAGUUUCUGUACGUUCCAACAAAGAAAAUACUCAUCCCCAAAGCUAGCCUCCCACUUUUUCGCUCAGGCAAACUGGCCAUUUCUAAAUGCUCCAGAACAUUACUCUUUCAAAUAUGUGAAGUGCUUUCAGUUGCUCAGUGUCUGUCCUCGCACUGAGAUAAAAUGCACUUUUUAAAGGGUACAAAUCUGAGCCAACAGCAAGAAAAACUCCAGUUUAUUGUAAUACUGCAUAGGAGCCCGCUUUGCUUAAACCUCUAUCUGCUUUUGACCUUUUGCUGAUAUCCUCGCUAUGAUGAGACAGUAUUGAAGGCACUUUGCACUUGUCCGGAACUCGACGUGACCAUCCAAUACCUAGCGAUGCUCUAUGUGCUGGACGUACUGUCAUCUGGUCAAUAUUUUGGGGAGAGAAGGAGAUGGAUGCUCUCGCCAGAAUCAACUCAACUUCACUAUCUAUACUGUGAAACGCAAACAUCGCCUUGUGGCCGGUACAUCCCGCUGACAGCUAAGUAAUGGAAAACAUUCCUUUGCUCAGUUCCUGUCUCUUCUGUCGUGACCACACUGGCCUCCCACAAUCGAUAGAAAUGAACAAGUAUUUUCCAAAAUUCUUAAGAAGCUUGAACCAGUUUUCGUGUUUUCAGUUCACUAAGUUUAUAUUUAAUUUAUUAACGCAGAUGUCAAAAACUGACUGUGGUAAAAUUAUAUUACCAGCCACACUAUAUCUUUUUAAAAGUAUUUAAUCGUUACGAUACAAAGAGAUAUAAUGGUCGAAAAGUCUAAGAGAUUUAUAAACAAUGCUGUUUUUUGCUCUUUCAAUAAAACAAUCUAUUUUUUCGGUCACUCGGAGCGGUCAGAAGGAUUUUGCUCCUUGUCACGCAACGCCACUCCUUAUCGGUUUAACUCCUCAAUUUAUUACUCUGUUGUAACUAAUUUAGAGGGUUGCAACAUCAAUCAUAUUCAUUCAAAAAGCCAAUAAACCUUGUCUCAAUUUAACGUUUGUAUUGCGAUAGCGUAUUUAAGAAAUACGUCAGGUUUCGGCUAAGAAAAAGGUUAUCGUUCCCUUUCAGAAAUAGCAAGUCGUUUAAUUAAGUUAAAUAUUCAAAUGUCUCAUAUUUCAACUAAAUUUUGUUCAACUUCGAAGAAUUCGUGUGAAGCGCAAACUGAAUUACCCAAGCCAGUUUUUACGUACGUUUUAGUACAAUGUUUAAAGACCUUAUGGCUUGAGUCUCAAGGUAAACCAAGAUAUAGCACAUGCCUAAAAUUUUAAUUGCGACUUUCGGCUAUAUUAUAAAUUUCUUUGGGUUAGGAAUAAAGCAGAAAAGUAGAGAUGUUUUUGAGCUCGGUGAAGAAUUAAGAAAGAUGUUUUUUCGUCUUGUCACGAGUGUGGGACAAAAAAAUUCUGAGUCCCCGUGAGGAAUCGAACCUCAGACCUUCAGAUUUGCGCUCCGAUGCUCUACCACUGAGUCACUAAGACUCUUCGGUGAGCGAGGUCUAUUACGAAGUUCUAAUGACACGCGUCCCGCCUACUGCUAGGAUCAGCAAUGUCGAUAGCGUAAUGUUUUUGACAGAAAAGUAGAGAUGGUAAGUUUUGAGCUCGGUGGAGAAUUAAGAAAGAUGUUUUUUUGUCUUGUCACGAAAUUAAGGAAUAAAGCAGUUCUAAAAUAUUAUUGUUCGCUAUUCAGAUUACGGCCAAAUGGAAUAUUUACCACCAGUCAAGAAGUAAAACCCACUAUAAACUGACACAUCAGAAAAUGUUAUCUCUCUUUCUUCCCUAUUGCAUGCAAGCCAGUUUUGAGAACGACCCAUUUCGCCUUAAAUUCUGGCUGUUUUGAAGUCGCCGACGGCAAAAAUAGAUUUUAUCGGUUUUCUCCAAAUUAAGGCGGCCUUUCUGAAAACAAACGACAUCAUGUUUAGUUACUUACCAAUACCUAUCCAUGGGAAAAAUAUCAGCGGAAAAAAAUUUUCGGCUCUGGCCGCGAUAUUUCAGUUUUACUCGAUUCUUAUAGGCGUUGGCUCUUAAUAUUUGCGUAGUAACUAAACAGAUGAGAGAUUAAACCACCAGAAAAGUAAACAAAUGGCCAGUCACGAUAGCAACGCUUCGCUUUUGGGCCCAUCCGCAUUAGCAGACAAAACUAGAACUGUCAUGACAAAAUUAAAGGAAAAAGUUUGUGAUGACAAAUUUUUGUCACUUCUGUUGCAUCCGCACUGAAAAUGUCAAAGUUAUAAAAAAGCUGUCAAAUUCGGCUAACUUCUGGAUCUUGUGCGGCCACUUCCACAGCUUCAUUAUUAGUCUGAUGAAGCGGCCACUGGAAAAUUACUCCAUCGUUUUAUGUUGCCCCGGCUGAAUGAAAAUUGUUUCCUUGUUGGUCUUCAUAGGAAGGUACAUUCCAGCGCAUGAUCUGCUCAAAUGACUGGUCGCUAUAGUUCGCCAAUGGAUUAAAACUCCAAUUACCGGGAUUCAUCUUAGGUUAAAGUUGUAAAAUCUGCGAGACAAUUACUGCAAUUAUUUGGUGAACUGAACCCAGUCCAUUUACCGCACUAAUGGUAGCGUUUACGACAAAUGAUAGCCAAGUUCAUCCCGCUUUUGUUUAUUUAGAACAUUUUACCAUGCUUUACCCAGGACAAAUUUUGUCGGCGAUGCGACUGAAAAUUUGUCCGCUUCGGCAAAAAAUCGUUAAGUCGCGACAAGCCAUCCGCACUUGUAAAGUGUUGGGUGAUGACAGAAAAUUUGUCUAAAUAGACAAUUUUGUUGCCAGUGCGGAUAGGCCCUUUCCUCAUAAAAAUGACUGGUUCCUCUUGUAAGCCAAUAACAAUAUACGGCACAUAUGAGAAAACAGUGUGUAUAUACCCCUGAACGAUGAAAAUAUAUCAAGUGGAAUGAACAGUUUUGAUCUCGGUUCGCAUUUUUGUCGACAAAAUGAACAUAUGUCGGUUAAAGAGAUGAAACUUACGGGCCACGUGCAAAGCUGUCAAUUGUUUCUUGGAUAUUGCACAUGUUAAAUAUUCAUAUAGUGACAUCUCAUCUACAUCUACAUCUACAUUUAUUAAGUCGGUAAAAUCUGUACAGACAUCACACCAAGCAACUUGCGCACAAAGUGAGAAGACUAUAUGAAGGCUUGGAAUUAUAUUAAGAACGAUUGUGAUCAAGAAACGGCCAAGGAAUAUUCCACAAUAGUGCAAAUAACGGUGAAAGAUGAUCAAGGAAAAGCGAUUGCGUGACGCUUGGUAAGUUGUAAGAUGACAUGUUACCCGUAU